AUGUCCUCCCCAUCCCCUCAACAACAAUCCCCUCUCCACAACGACACAAUCACUACUACCUAUCUAUACAAUGAAAUACUGGAUAUAACAUCGUUGUGUCCUUGCCAAAACCCAAAGCACACAUUUGCCUUGGUAGACCUUCGAUCGAACGAGGCCUAUGAAAAGAGCCAUUUACUCGCUGCCACAAAUGUUGAUAUCCAAGCCAUUCUGAAACAAAUUGAUGAAGGUAUUACCGAAUGGGACGAAUUACUAGAGAAAAAUCCAGGUCUUGAAGCCUUCCAGCAGAGUUUGUUCAAGAAGGCCAACUACUCGAAUCAAAUGUUCAUUGUCUACGAUCAAACCUCAUCUCUCCAAGAAACCAUCGAUGCUUUCACUAGAAAGAUCAUUCCUCUCUUCCCCAGAAGUAUCGUGAUUAAGAGUUUGAAAUCUCUUGAAGGAGGUUUUGAUGAAAUGAUUCAAAAGUAUGGAAGCGCUAUCUGCUCUGAUUUUGAGUAUCCAGAAACCAUUGAACGAGAUUCCACUCUUCUACCAAAUGAAAUUGUUCCUGAUUUUCUCUUCUUGGGUGCGUAUAUUCAUGCCUAUGUUCCAAAACUUUUAGAAUCUCUCAAAAUUACCAAGAUUGUGAACGUUACUCCCGAACCACACGAAGAUCACAUCCUGCAAAAGUUUGGAUCUUAUCAAAUUCAAAUUGUGGAUCAUCAAACCAUGGAUAUUAAGCAACACUUCUCGGAAGCCAUUGAAUUCAUUAAGGAAUGCAAAAAGAAUGGAGAACGAGUAUUUAUUCACUGCCAAAAGGGCAUUUCUCGAUCUGCUUCUAUUGUUUUGGCAUAUCUUGUUGCUGCAGAAGGCCUGACACUGCAGCAAGCAUACAAUCUUACAAAGCAAGCACGUAAAUUCAUAAAGCCAAACAAGGGAUUUUCGAAUCAAUUGGGUCAAUUCGAAAUGGAGCUGAAUCCUUCCCUCACUAAACCAACCUAUCGAGAUGAAGCUUCUUCCUGCCUGGAGAGAUCUCGAAGAAGACAAGUACUCUACUAA